GAACGGCAUUCCAACCGGGACAUUGUAGUUGAUACACAGCACAAGAGGGUUGCAGAGUUGCUAAACUGCUUUAGCUGCAGAAAUGAUUCGUGGGAUUCCGAGGGGAAGGUUUACGGGGCCAGUUCCCCGGCCCUUUGAAGCGUCCUAUGGCGAUGAAUAUGAAAGUUACACAGAAACGGAUGACAUGAUGGCAUCAUCUGGGAAUGGAGAAGUCUGCCAUGGCUAUGUUCGCACAAGGCUUGCACCCCCCGAUCCACACCCUUCUGAGUACUACGGUUUAGAAAGGAGCAGCUCUGAACGGUCCGGACCUUACGAGUCUUACGACUCCGGGUCCUCUAAAGGUAGCCGAGAUCUGCACAGAUCCGGCUUCGGGAGUAGUUAUGAUGAUGGAUAUGACCGCUCCCCCUCAAGUAAUCAGUUCUAUAGCGAGGAGUCCCGCUGGGACUCGUCCUACCCCAGUGCCGCUAUCCGGUCUGGCUUUUUGGGAAAUGAGGGAAGAGGUGGUUACUCUUCCUACUCCGGCGGCGGCGGCUCCCCCCACGCCAAGCUCGCGCCCUACGGCUCACGGGGCCGCGGAAUGCCUGCUUACCCCCAAAACAGUUUUGGAGGGAGAAGCAAUGAUGUGGGAGGACCGCCUGCGUUCAGAGGCCGAGGCAGAGGAUUUAUAGCCAGUGGCAGUGGAAUCAGGCCGCCUAUGGCUACAGGCCCACCACGCCCACAAGCUUUUAGACCUAUGGAGAGAGUCAAGCCGCCAAUGGUGCGUUAUGGGCCCCCCAGGCCGGAGUUCUACGGUGGUUAUCAGCUCCCCCCCCUGCCUGCGGCCCGUGGUAUGAAGAGGAAGAUGAUGGCACCCCCUCCACCCGCCAUCAUGGUGAAGAAGCAGAAGCCUUUCCCCGUCAUCAACAAAACCGCAGUAAUAAACACUCCAGCAGAGGGCCUUCCUCAGGCUGACGAUGAUGAUGAAGCUGAUGACUCGGCAGAGUCGAAACAGAGGAAGGCCAGGAGAGUGAAGCAGAAGCGUAAACGGGUGAAGGAAAUCGAGAAAUACGGGGACAUGUACAGACUGGCGUUCACAUGUGCGUUCUGUAAAGUACGCACGUGUGAUGACAAGGAGAUUGAGGAUCACUUUGCCAGCACAUUUCACCAGCAAACACUUGCGCACAUUCAGAAACAAACCAAAUUCGACGAGAAAACAAUGGCUUUCUUACACGAAUCCAUGGUAAAUAAGUUCCGGAAGAAUGUGUUACGAAAGCGUAAUAAUGCCGGCGCCGAACCCACACUAGAAGAAAUUCAACGAGAACUUUCGAAAGCGGUGGUGGAGGAGGUGUGCCUGAGUAAGGUGGAGAUGAUCCUCUGUCUGGCCUGCCACACCCACGUCCCUGCUGCCCUGGUCUCCCUACAGAUCCACCUCCAGUCCAGUGAGCACCUGAAAAACAAAUCAGAGUUCACAGAAACACAGAAAAGGGAGAGUGUGCUUGCAGCCACCAGCAUCAUGACCAACCCCAUUGUGAAGGCUCGCUUUGACAAAUACCUAAAGGGUGAGAAUCCGUUUGAUGAUGAAAUCAAGCAGGACGCCGAGGAAAGUCAACCAGAAGAAGCCGAGGGCGACCUGAACCACAUAGCCGAAUGACCGGUCCGCUCCGUUUCAACCACCCUCUCACUCCAUCGCUGGUCUCCAAAACCUUUCGCCGUCCUAAAGAUGUACUCCAUUCUUUUAAAUUCAUUUGGUGUCAUGUCUGAAAUGGCUUUUUUAUGCACUAGGUACUCUUACGCAUGUAUUUUAUGCCUUCCCUGUCGCUCCCAUGGCCUUGUGGUUAUGUCUUCAGAUUGUAGGCCAUGCUACCGACAGAGACUGUGUCAUGGUUCUAGAUGUAAUGAUAUUGUUCCUGUUAACCCGGCAAGAUGAUCCUGUUUGCUUUAGGCCUUUUUCUUUUUUUAAGAAAGAAAAUGUGUUCAUCACUUUUUAAUGGAUCAACAUUGCCUUUUUAGGGGCGAUUUUCAGUAAGGACUAGAGAAAGAUGAGUGUUGUACAGCUUUUCCCUGUGAUUUCUAGUAAUGAAUGUUGUUUAACUGAAAUGUAUUUUUCUGCAAUGCUGAGGAAAUGUAGAAUUGUGAAAUUUAUUUUUCUUUUGCAGUUUCGGUGCAAAUGUAAAUGCCUUGAAAAGCAAUGUAUGAAAUACUCUAAAAUAUAUAGACAGUUCUUAUUCUUUAUAA